GCUUCACCGCGCAGCGCAUUUCCAGUACUGUCUCGUUCUUUUCUGGUAGGUUGUUGAAACCCCUCGAACUACAAUCGCUGUCCUCAUGUCGUCUAUUAAGGAACUCAACGACCGCCUCACGAAGCAGCCGUACGUGUCCGGCUACACCCCGAGCGCAGAGGAUGAGAAGCUUUUCCGCCAAUUGUUCGGUGACGACGUCAACGUAAUCCAGUGGGCUGCACGCAUGGCGACGUACUACCCUAGCGAACGUGCCAAGAUGCAGCCCAUUCCGGUGGAGACUGAGGAUCCGACUGAAUCGGAUAGCGACUACUGA